GGUCAACUCAAUGAUCGACCACCUGCAAGCUUUCUGACGCAACCCUUCGACCACUCGUACCAAAACCACAGCCUGCGUGGAGUAAUUAAUACUCCGUCUAUUCGGUUCCAAGCCACUCGCUCUGUGCAUGCACCUGCUUGAUGUCUGAACUUUCCUUCGCAGAAUUCUCGCAAUCAUUUUCUCCACCAACCCUCGUGCCGACUUUGAAUGCGCUCCUCGCCGGCCUAUCUCUCCCGUUCGUGCUCAGUUCCCCGACGGAUUUAGCACCUUCUUUACUCCUUGCAAUCCUGGAGUCUGUACUCGAGUCCCGCCUCCCUAUCCCAUCUUCAAUACGCGCCUCUCGCUCAUCUCUUGCAAAAGUAGAAGCGAUGAAAGUUUUUCUCGGCGUACUCGAGUGCGACGUCCUCCCAGCAGACGAGGACAUCGGUCUCGCAGACCUUGAUCCACGGAGACUAGCAGAUGGAUGUUGGGAAGAAACAGUUUUCGUCGGUGAGCUGCUUUGUUGGCUUGGGAGGAAACGAGGGAUCGUCGAGGAAUUGGCCGGUGAUGAUAGCGAGGGCGAGAUAGAUCUUACAACUUCGACGCUGUUGCGUCCAGAACCUUCUUACAACAUGGAACUGUCGCAUAUCACAGACAUCCCGCGACAUCCACGCGUUACUUCUCCCUCCACGCGGUCCACUGCCACCAUGAGCGCGCAGACCGAUCUAUCCAUGCAUAAUGCCCCACAUACGGAGUCUGACACGAGCAUGGCAGAUUCUGAACUCUCAGAUCGUACAGAGACGCAGCCACUCCACGACAGUGGUAUAUACCACCAGCCACAUUGUAUUCACGAGCUCGACGACCCAUCAUAUUUUCUCGAGCGCGAUGCUUCCUAUGCAUCCAAUAUCGAUGAUUCGAUGCAAGGCUUAGAUCUCGAUUGCUCUACCCAAUCGACCUCCUCAGGAGAACAGCCCCCGACUCCUACACCUCAGCCCAUCCGUCUGAAAGGCUGGAUUGGUGUUGUCGAUUCUGAACUUGAAAUGAAAGCUUUCGCAGCAAACAAGUGUAAUACAAGCACGCCUGUCAAGCCCAAGAGUCGGUGGCGGAGUUCUGGUCUUUAUCCCGGAGCAAGUGGGAAUUCUACCCCUCGCAUGCCUAUAAUGUCGAUGCGCAUUCCUGCCAGUGCACCUCCGGCACGGACCCGGGUCGAUGACUUCUCUAUGGACGAGGACUUUGGGACAUCCCCCUCCCUCUUUGGUGCGCUGUCGUCAUCGACCCACAUGCGGAGGACAGAUUAUUGUUCUCCCACAGAACGCACGGUUGCACUUCUAAACGAGCGAGCGAAACUCUUGAGUGAGCUCGCUAAUCUGCGUAGGAUCAGACAAGCCAGUCGAUAACGGGCAAGGGGCAAUGCCAUGUUUGUCCAGUAUGUGGAGCGUACUCUCGAUUUGUUACGAUUUCUGGUCAGUUUGAUUUACUUAUUCGAGCUGUCAGUUGUUUGUAUAGCUCGCUCAAUAAUUCAAAUUAUUAUUUAAUUACUUUUUGUGCAAGAUUGUUUACUCAUGU